GGUAUCUCGUCCUCCCAGUAUCUAUCAGACAGUCACGCGGUCACGAAGCAACCGUGAACUCACUUUGCUCGUAAAAGACGCUCAGAGUCACGUUAACUUCAAUUAUCUUCGGUUCUUCAUAAAUCUUUGCAAAUCAUCGUACAAUGCAGAGAUGACCGGAGGUGGGACCAAUAUGGCGUAUCAUGGUUUAAGUCAACACGUAAACUUCGACGUAAUACCGGAUCCUGGUGAUCGUUUUGUUUUGGAAGAAUUAAUAGGUGAAGGUACUUACGGGGAAGUAUAUUCAGCAUAUGACAAAGAAACCGACAAUAAAGUAGCCAUAAAGAUACUUGAAAAUGUUGCUGACAAUAUUGAAGAAAUCGAGGAAGAAUAUCUCGUAUUACGUGAUCUAAGUUUACAUCCUAAUAUUCCAAUAUUUUAUGGAUUAUUUUUAAAAAGAGCUAAACCAGCUCAAGAGGAGGAUCAAUUAUGGUUCGUAAUGGAGUUAUGCACAGGAGGCUCGGUGACCGAUCUCGUUCAAGGUCUUAAAAAACGUGCUGUACGUCUAACGGAUAAACAGAUAGCAUAUAUACUUCGUGAAACCGUCGAAGCAUUGAUUUAUCUUCAUGGUAAUCAUUGCAUGCAUAGAGAUGUCAAAGGUCAUAAUAUUUUGUUAACGGAUGAGGCACGAGUUAAGCUCGUAGAUUUUGGGGUUUCUUCGCAUUUAGCUGAGACCUUGGCAAGAAAAAACACAUCUGUUGGAACACCUUAUUGGAUGGCACCCGAGGUGAUUGCAUGUGAACAACAGUUGGAUUCAUCGUACGAUUCGCGAUGUGACGUUUGGUCAGUUGGAAUAACGGCGAUUGAAUUAGCCGAGGGUGAUCCGCCAUUAUCAGAGCUACAUCCAAUGAGAGCGCUCUUUCAAAUACCCAGAAAUCCGCCGCCAUCAUUGAAAAAUCCUGAUAUACAUGAUCCAGAACUUUUAGAUUUCAUUGCUGAAUGUCUCGUUAAAGAUCUCGAACAUCGACCAUUUGCCAGUGAAUUAAAAGAACAUCCAUUGUUGACUAACAUUGAAAAUCAAAUAGAUGAAAUUAGGGAAGAACUUUCUGCUGAAAUUCGUCGACAAAGAACCGAUGGUAGAGUUCAAAGGCAACCAGAAGUUACCACGAAACAUGGCAAAUUAAAAACAGAUCGCAAAGCAAGACCAGAAAAAAUGUACAUGGAUGAUUUGGCGGCUCUCGAUAUGUUAUCUGAAGAUGCAAUUGUUGAACAAUUGCAACAUCGUUACGAACAAGGACAGAUUUACACAUACAUCGGUGAUAUUCUUGUUGCUGUUAAUCCUUUUACCAAUUUGGGCCUUUACACUGGAAUCGAACAAAGAAGAUACAAGGGUCAAGCUAGGUCGGAUAAUCCACCACACAUUUUUGCCGUUGCUGAUGCAGCAUAUCAAGCGCUCCUUCAUCAACGUCAAAAUCAAGCGAUCGUAAUAAGCGGUGAAUCGGGAGCUGGAAAAACAGAGAGUGCUAAUUUAUUGUUAAAACAAUUGGUUUAUCUAAGUAAAGCACCUAAUCGUAAUUUGGAGGAAAGAAUUUUACAGAUAAAUCCAAUUAUGGAAGCAUUUGGUAACGCAACUACUGGAAUUAAUGCUAAUUCGUCGAGAUUUGGAAAGUACUUGGAUCUUACCAUGACCAAAGGUGGCAAGGUAACCGGUGCUAGAAUCUCUGUUUAUCUUUUGGAACAAUCAAGAGUUGUAGCUCAAGCCGAAGGUGAACGAAAUUUUCAUGUAUUUUAUUACAUGUACGACGGUUUAGCAGCUGACAAUCGUUUAGAAGAAUUUUAUUUGGAUCCAAGUUUACGUGAACAUCAUCGAUAUCUUAUGGAUCGUACUCACCAUUCUCAAAAUUACGUUGAUAAGUUUCAACAAUUGAAAGUUGGCUUCAAGGUAUUAGGCUUUCGGGAUAGCGAAGUUGAUACGGUUUAUGGUGUAUUGGCAGCAAUACUACAUUUAGGGGAUAUCGAAUUUUCUGAAGUUCCAAGUGAGGAUAAUACGGAUAACAAGAGUAUAGUUAUCGAUACUGCUCCUUUGGAUAGAGUUUCGAAAUUGCUGGGUGUCGAACCGAACGAUUUAUUGGAAGCAUUAACAUCAAACUCGGUCAUGACGAGAGGUGAAACGAUAACAAGAAACAAUACGGUAACUGAAGCAUGUGCUGCACGAGAUGCUAUGGCCAAAGGACUCUACGGGAGACUAUUUGAUUGGAUGGUCAAUCAAAUAAAUUGCCUCUUGUGUUUCAAUCGUUCACCCAAUUAUGAACCAUUGGCUAUUGGAUUAUUGGAUAUAUUUGGUUUCGAAAAUUUCCCACGUAAUUCGUUUGAACAACUUUGUAUAAACAUAGCCAACGAACAGAUACAAUAUUAUUUCAAUCAGCAUAUAUUCACUUGGGAACAACAAGAAUACAUGGCAGAAGGUAUACCGGUUGAUCUAGUUGAGUUUUCUGAUAACCGACCGGUUUUAGAUAUGCUAUUGAGCAAACCAAUGGGUUUGUUGGCACUCCUGGACGAAGAAAGUCGAUUCCCUAGGGCAACUAAUAGAUCAUUGAUUGAGAAAUUUCACAACAACAUCAAAUCUAAAUUCUACGUAAGACCCAAAUCCGACGCAGUUUGUUUCGCGGUUCAUCAUUUCGCUGGUCGUGUAGUUUAUCAAGCUGAAGGUUUCCUUGAGAAGAAUAGAAACUUCCUGCCACCUGAGGUAAUCCAACUGGUACGACAAUCUCAGUUCGAUAUGGUCCGCUUCCUGUUCCAGUGUCCGAUCACCAAGACCGGUAACCUCUACUCGGCCGUCCAUGAAACCGACUCGAGAAAGUUGUCGCAAAUUAACCAAAAUACAAAAGAACGUUACUCAAGUCGUGGUUUAGCGUCACAAUCUAGAGCUCAACAAACUGUAGCAACUUAUUUCCGUUAUUCAUUGAUGGAUCUGUUACAAAAAAUGGUCUCUGGUUCACCCCAAUUUGUCAGAUGUAUCAAACCAAAUGAUUCGAGAAGUCCACGUUUCUUUGAUAAGGAAAAGGUUGUUAAACAAUUGAGAUACACCGGGGUUUUGGAAACAAUUCGUAUUAGACAAAAUGGUUUCUCACAUAGAAUACCUUUCAAUGAAUUUUUGAAAAGAUAUUGUUUCCUUGCGUUUGGUUAUGACGAACGAGUUGUAGCCAAUCGUGACAAUUGUCGAUUAUUAUUGAUACGUUUAAAGAUGGAUGGUUGGGCAUUGGGUAAAACAAAAGUAUUUUUAAAAUAUUAUCACGUUGAAUUUUUAUCCAAAAUGUAUGAAGAACAAUUGAAGAAAAUAAUUAUGGUACAAGCUUGUGUACGUAGAUGGUUGGCAAAAAUUCGUUUCAACAAACAAAAAUGGCAAUUUGCAAUUUCUGUCGUUACACUUCAACGACAUAUCAGGGGCUGGUUAACACGUAAACACGUUGAAAAGGAAAUGUUAAAGAAACGUGAGGAAGAAGAAGAAGCUACCAUCUUGGAAAGGAUUCAAAAUGAUAAAACAUUGGUAUUGCGUAGAGAAUCAAGAGCAGAAAUGGUUAGGAAUGAUGACGAUAAUGAAAUGAUUUUUCAAUCGGAAAACUCGAAGGAGAACGACGCUGCUGUUAUUAUACAAAGUCAUUUCAGAGGUUAUUCUGUUCGCAAACGAUUUGGUGCCGAAUCAGAAGAACGUUUCAAGAAAAUUUUAAAUAAUUGUGAGAACGAAGUAGAAGCCAUUAAAGCAUUGAUCGAUGAAGGUGGUGUUAAAGAAGAGGACGUUGCAUUUAUCGUACAAAGAUGGUACAAGAAAGAAGAAAAAGUACAUGUAACACCACCUAUGAAAGAUCCGAUUCAUCCUAAACUUAGACAAGCUGAUCUCAUUCAAUUUUCUCAAAACGUACACAUGAAGAAUCAAGAAGUACAUAAGAAUCUUCGACGUAACAAACCGGGUGUCCGAUUAAAUGACAUCGAAGAACCACCGACGGAUUAUGUACGUCCUGAAGGAUUUAACAUGGUCCAACCAAUUUUGCAAUAUCGUAGUGGUAUACAACCGGAAAACGAAGAAACCGUCAAAUAUUAUCGAGAAUUGAAAGAAGAAAUGAGCAGUGGUUCGGAAUUCGAAGAAGACGAAGUUGGCUGGGACUCACCGUUGAUACAGCUAGAAAAUGACCUUCAUCCUUCAGCGAGGAGUCGAACGGGUCAGAUUCUGGAGGUGAGUGCCGAGAGGAUGGAUCGUUUGGCAGCUCAAGGCGACUUUGUGCUAGCACCGGAACAACAUCUUUCCGAAAUUUGGCACAAAGCUUUGAGGAAUCCGGCCGAAUCAGAAGAAAACAACGAUUCUGCAAAAUCCAUCAGUACAAGGACUAAUGAACUGCAUGGGAACAACGUGCGGACUGGAACGUGUAAUGCGAACGGUAGACCGUUUGCAGUCGACUCUUCGCGUUUCAACGAUUCAAAUGGCGUACAAACACGAAUAAUAGUAAACGAUAAAAUAUACGGUGAUGCAAAUAAACGAGCAAAUUUCAUCAAUGGAUAUUGCAGUAAUGGUUUAUUGCAACAUUUACAAGUUAUCGGAAACAAUGGAAGAAAAAUCGAUCAAAGAAAGGGUUUGAAUGCAUUGAAGAUUACCAAUGGUUUGAAGAGUAACAUCAAUGACAGACAAAUAUUGUAUCGUGUUAGUGAAACUAAACAACAAAAUGGAUUUAUCGGAAAGAAAAAUAAUCGUGAAAAGGAAGGAAAUAAUAAUAAUAAUAUUAAUAAUAAUAAUAAUAAUAAUAAUAAUAAUAAUAAAAAUCAUAAGAAUAUGAAUAAUAUAAAUAAUAAUAAUAAUAAUAAUAAUAAUAAUCAAACGAAAAAUGGUGUUAUUGAUCAUCGUUUCGUGGUUAAUCAAAAUGCCAUGAAUGGUAAGAUUUUAUUACGUAAGGAUUUGUGGAAAAAUGGAUUCGGUGUUGUUCCUGUAGAUGUUAGACAUUUGUUAAGACCCACCGUUGUGGAAAAGCGACAAGAUAAUAACCAUCGAGUGGAAUACGAUACUGAGGACAUUAAUGGACCGUACAAUUUUAGACAAUUAUUGAGACCAGCUGAGUAUCUUCCAACCGAAUCGUUGAGAAAGAGAAAGGGUGGUGGAAUUGUUUCUAACAAUGUUACUGUUAUCAGUAAAGAUAAACAAGUUUUGGAUAAACACGUUAAAAGAAAAGCACCUUUAGCAGCACCUGAUCAGAACAAAAUUGUUGUGAAUGGUAAAAAAUGAAUUUCAUUGUGUGAUGAUGAUGAUAAUAAUAGGGCUUGAAAAAAAAUUAUUUCUUUUUUGUUUUUGUAUUGUGAUCGAUGAUCGAUGAUUGGGUGGAUUGAUUUAAGGAGCACGAAUUUGCGUGGGUGGAUGUAUGUUAAUUUUUUGCGCUUAGGAUAUAUUUGUUGAAUAUUCUUGUAUAGAUAUAUUUUUAUUCAUGAGAGAACGUUGAAUUUUAAUGUUGAAAAUAUUAUUAUAAAUUAUUUAGUUUCGUUUUAUAUUCGUAGAGAGAUACACGUGAAUAAUUUUGUUUUAUCUUUUAAAAAAAAAAUGAAGAAGAAGAAGAAGAAGAAGAAGAAGAAAGUUUUUUGAGCUACAAAGUACUAUGCGAUAAAAGUGAGAAAAAAAGAAAAAAAAUAUAUAUAUAUAUAAUAUCAUCGAAAAUCGAUAAUCGUUUGGAUAUUAUCUAUAACGAGAUAAGUGCGUUUGAAAAAUAGUUAGAACGAAUUUAGGACUAGUCAUUGUUUUUAGCUUUAUCUAUUAUUAUUAUUAUUAUUAUUAUGAUUAUUAUUAUUAUUAUUACAGCUACUACUACUACUACUACUACUACUAUUACUUAGGCUUAGAUACAUUCGAUAGUUAUAUAUUUUGAUGAUGAUGAUGAUAAUAGUUCAUGUUCGUAGAAUGUGAGAACAUUGUCCUUCCUUUUUGCUUUCCAUGACAGUUUGAUCUUUUAAACAAAACAUUUAUAAAAAUAAUAAGAACGUUAAACAAAUGAUUUAAUUCAUUAAUAUUACAGGUUGUUCAAGUUAAUUAUAAUUAUAUUGUUUCCCUCCCCCCACCCCUAUUGUUUUCAUCGAUAUGCACGUACGUUUUUCUUAUCAGCAGCAUAUAACACGAUAAAAAUAAAAAGACAAAAAAGA